AAUAAUUAAUUAAUCAAGAAACAAGUUAAAUGUAUAAUCAAAUAUUAUUUGUUUGCUUGGUCAGUCAGUCAAUCAGUCAGUUAGUUAAAGGAUAGAAAUAUAAGGAUUUAAUUUUGCAUGUUCCCGUCCACUUUUGUUUAAAAUUUGGAAUUGACAUUGUAGCCAUCAGCUCCCUCGGCUUCUCAGAACCAAAACAGCUAGAUGUACAAGUUAGGUCUGGUUUUACUUCAUGAUAACGGAUAAGUUGCCGAAGUGAACGAAAACUAAUUCCCAAGACAAACCGUUCACCUAACCAAUACCUAAAGAAAACAAUAAAUCCUGGUCAGACACAGUUUUCAUCUUGAGUGCGCCUCUUUCCCCUCCUCUAGGUAGAAAUGGAAAUGGUGGAAGGAAAAACCCUCCCCUUUGAUGGGGGUACUUCCUUCUGUCCAAAACACUAGCGCGCGCGCACACACACACACACACACACUCACUCACUCACUCACUCCUGUUUACAGCCGCCAGGUGUUAACCUUGUUGUGUGUCGUCUGAUUCUGGCACGGGACCGUUAAUACGCAUUGUUUUGUUGGUUAACUGCAAACCUUUUCUCAUAAUGCGCAAACGAUACGUUUGGUGUCACAUUAGCUGAAAGCGCACUUGCAGACUCCAGGCGUGUUGUCAUGUAGGACGACGCUGAAGAUACAGAAGAUCAUCAUCAGCAGCAGCAGCACUGCCUAUUGAAGCGGAACGCCAUCACGGAAUUGUGCAAAAGCGCAAAGCAGCUAGCUGUCGAUUGCUGAAUGUAUUAAAGGUGUCUCGUUGCUUCAGGCUCGGAGGAUUUCACAUUCACAGAUGGCGUCAAAUUCUCGAGUGUCCAUUCUGGAUUAUUUCAAUAUUGUCUUUGAGGGCGAAAAUGGCAAAAUUGAAUCUAACUGUAAAGCUUGUGGCACAAGGAUACAGGCAAAGCGGACAGUUACCUCUAACUUCGUUACACAUUUAAAGCGUAAACAUCAAGCAAUGUAUGAUGAGUUUUUGAGGAAAAAAGAUGUCAAAAGAGAGGCAUAUUCUUCUGGGGCAGUGCAGUCCUACACACCUAUAAGUGGGGCCAGUCGAGCAGCUUCUCAGAGUGGGGCGGGAACAACCAAAUUUGACCGGAGUGAUCCACGACAGUCCCUCAUUUCUGAAACAAUUGCCAAGAUGAUCAUCCGUGACUUGCAACCUGUGCAGAUUGUAGAGAAUGAGGGCUUCCGUGAGCUACUUAAGCUCCUUGAGCCCCGUUACGUCCCAGAACCGAGCCAUUACAUACAAAAGCAGCUCCUUCCGACUUACAGCUACCAAGUACAGCUAGCUACCAAGCUGGCUCUCUCAGGAGUCGAGUCCUGCAGUAUCACCCUAGACCUGUGCACGAGCAAUGCUGUGUCUGUCAACAACACUUCUGGCUACCUGGGAGUGACAUGCCAUUUCAUAACCCCAGACUGGCAUAUCAAAUCCACACUGUUAUCAUGUAUUCCUCUCCAAAAUUAUAGGGACACACAGCGCAUGCUCACUGAGUUCGACGAGAUCUGUCAUGUUCAUGGUAUCUCGGGUAAGGUGUUUCGCAUCGUUGUUGAUCCCUCCCCUUGUGAAAGCCGAUCUACCUUCCGCCUGCCUGGUUUUUAUCUUCAUGGUAAUGGUGUUGUGGAAGAUGAGGAGGAAGAUAGUAGUGAUGAAGAAAAUGGUGCAAGCAAAGGUACGAAUGCUGUUAGUGGAGCAGAAGAGCAGAAUUCUUUAAAUCAGUGCCUAGGUCGUUGUAGGAUAGACUGCUUUGCGCAUUCACUGAGUCAGUGCAUACGAGAAGGGAUUUGUUCCUCCUCUCAGAUAUCUAAGACUCUCACUAAAGCAGCUUGCUUCUACAACUAUAUUGUUGCUACAGUGACUCCUGAAAAACUUAGUAAAGUGUUUGUUCCUGGCACAGUAGGAAAUGGACAGCGCCCAUCAGCUUUGGACAGGCACUGGAACACCCAGCUAAAGACAAUGCGACAAAUGCUUGAAUCAUUGGAUUUUUUGGAGGACAUUGUGGAUAGAAAUGACUUGGCUCUCAACAGUGUUGAAAAAGCCACUCUGCAAGAACUGGUUGAAAUUUUGGAACCUUUUGAGGAAGCCACAGAUAUGGUCCAGGGAGACAAGCAUGUGUCCAUCAGUCUUGCCCUCCCCAGCGUCUUGGGCCUACGUAAGCACCUGGCAGAAGUUGUGACACACCAGUGUGCAGGACUGGUAACAGGAUUGACUCAUGCACUGGACCAGAAAUUAGCUGGCAUCCUGGAGGAUCCUCUAUUUGUGACAGCCACUACCUUGGACCCACAGUUCAAGCUUUCUUGGAGCAGUGACCGGGACUGGCACAAGCAGGUUCUACUGGAGGAGAUGGGAAAGCACACCCAGCCUGUGAGUCCACCAGAGCCCAGUUCAGAUGCUCAGCCAUCCCCAUCUAAACGCAGCAGACUAUUCUCUUUCAUCAAAGAAAGGCCAUCCACACAGGCCAAGAGUAUGGAGCAGGAGCUGGCUGCAUACCUGCAUGAGGAGCCCACAGAUGAAAAUCCCCUGCAGUACUGGAAGCGCAAGUCUAUUGAUUUUCCUCUACUUUCACUAGUGGCCAAGAAAGUGUUUACAGUGCCAGCUACAAGAACAGCAGUGGAAAGGAUAUUCUGCCUCGUGGGCAAAACCCUAAGACCCGAACACUGCCGACUCCUUCCAAAAAACUUAGAUACACUGAUUUAUUUGAAGGCUAACUACAGCAUAUUGUGGUCUUAACUGCUUUACAAUUGCAUAUUUACAUGACACAGACAGUAGAUUUAGAGUUCUUGGAGUGUUUUUUUUAUUUUUUUUUAUUUUAUUUUAAAUCAAAGGAUGCCUCAAACCCAAAAUCUAUGAGCAUAAAACUGCAGAUUCACCCAAAGUAACAUUAAACUGUUUUAGUCUGUA